AUGGGACGAAAAUAUGGAUUUGAUGUAGAAGGCUCAACAACAGUUCAACAACUUAAACAACUCUUUCUUGAAAAGUCAUCUAUUAAAUAUGAUAUGAAAAAAAUGUAUCUGAUCAACAGCCAAAAUAGGGAUGUACUCAUCAAAGAUGAGGAAACUCUUGGGUAUUAUGAUGUGCAAGAAAAUUCUGAAAUGCAAUUGCAUGAUCUUACCAAAACAACUCGUGAUUUAAGCAGUUUGGGAUUGAGAUUUGUUGAUCUUGGUGAUGGUACAGGUUUUAGAAGAACUGCAUGGGCUGCAUCGGCUGCAUCGACUGCAGGAGCUUCACGAUGGCGACUAGCCGGACGUGGCUUAUGUCUGGAAGGUAUCUGCGAAAAUCCAAAAUGUGAAGCUAACGGACACCAAGUUGUCAUGACAAUUGGUUACAGAGUAUUCGAUAUUGUAGCAGAUACAGAUGCAACUACGACUCAAUGUCCGAUAUGUAAAAAUUAUGUUGAACCGACAACAUGCGGAUUUAAUAAUUGUUGGUGGAGAUAUGAGGGUAAGAAAAAAGAUCAACAAGGUAAAGGUAAAGCACCAAUAAAAUGUUCAUCUGAUUGGCAACAUGCUGAUGAUGCGUAUCAUUAUUUUGAUCAACAAACGCAUCCAAUAGUUACGUGGACACAGCUGAAAAUUGAAGCUGUCAAAGAUACAUGA